AUGCAAGACUCUACCUACUCUCUGUCCGGCUCCUCGUCUUCAUCCGCUUCUGGGGACUGGCAGUUCUCUAGACGCACCCUCUCCCACACACCAUCUCCACCAGCUGCCAAACCGGACCAGGAGAUGCAAGGCACUACCAAAUCUCUGUCCGGCUCCUCGUCUUCAUCCACUUCUGGGGACUGGCAGUUCUCUAGACGCACCCUCUCCCGGACACCAUCUCCACCAGCUGCCAAACCAGACCAGGAGAUGCAAGGCACUACCAACUCUCUGUCCGGCUCCUUGUCUUCAUCCGCUCCUGGGGACUGGCAGUUCUCUAGACGCACCCUCUCCCACACACCAUCUCCACCAGCUGCCAAACCGGACCAGGAGAUGCAAGGCACUACCAACUCUCUGUCCGGCUCCUUGUCUUCAUCUGCUUCUGGGGACUGGCAGUUCUCUAGACGCACCCUCUCCCACACACCAUCUCCACCAGCUGCCAAACCGGACCAGGAGAUGCAAGGCACUACCAACUCUCUGUCCGGCUCCUUGUCUUCAUCUGCUUCUGGGGACUGGCAGUUCUCUAGAUGCACCCUCUCCCGCACACCAUCUCCACCAGCUGCCAAACCGGACCAGGAGAUGCAAGGCACUACCAACUCUCUGUCCGGCUCCUCGUCUUCAUCCGCUUCUGGGGACUGGCAGUUCUCUAGACGCACCCUCUCCCACACACCAUCUCCACCAGCUGCCAAACCGGACCAGGAGAUGCAAGGCACUACCAACUCUCUGUCCGGCUCCUUGUCUUCAUCCGCUCCUGGGGACUGGCAGUUCUCUAGACGCACCCUCUCCCACACACCAUCUCCACCAGCUGCCAAACCGGACCAGGAGAUGCAAGGCACUACCAACUCUCUGUCCGGCUCCUCGUCUUCAUCCGCUCCUGGGGACUGGCAGUUCUCUAGACGCACCCUCUCCCGCACACCACCUCCACCAGCUGCCAAACCGGACCAGGAGAUGCAAGGCACUACCAACUCUCUGUCCGGCUCCUUGUCUUCAUCCGCUUCUGGGGACUGGCAGUCCUCUAGACGCACCCUCUCCCGCACGGCGCACACCAUCUCCACCAGCUGCCAAACCGGACCAGGAGAUGCAAGGCACUACCAACUCUCUGUCUGGCUCCUUGUCUUCAUCCGCUUUUGGGGACUGGAAGUUCUCUAG